CAACAUGUGAAGAAGAAGUGUGAGAGGAAGUGGGCAUCAAAGUGUGCUCUGAUCAAAGGAGUGUGUGUGUGGAGGAUUUCCCCGCAUCAAUUAAACAUUAAUCUACAACUUUCAUCUUGCCAUCACUGAGCUCCCAAGCCAACUCCACUCAGCCUCCCUCCCACCAUGACAGGGGAUGUUGUCCCAGCUCCCCAGCAGAGCUGCCCAGCUGCCGCAGCUGCACCCACCCCUGGGGAGCCCAUGGAUGUGGAGUGUCCCAUCUGCUACCAGGAGUACAACCAGUUCAACAAAUGUCCCCGCGUGCUGGAGUGCCUCCAUGUAUUUUGCACAGAGUGCCUCCAGAGGAUCCAGCUCAGCCGUUACGAGCCACUGGACCCCCGCAGCCCACCAGCCAUCCCCUGCCCCUUGUGCCGCCACCUGACCCCUCUGGCAUCUGGGGAUCCCCUGUCCUUACCCUCCAACUCUCGCAUCCUGGCCAGGCUGCCCCCCUUGGCCUUCCGCCUGCCUGUGACCAUGGCAACCCGCCUGGCCACAGUCACCCAGAGAGUGGUGGUCUCCCUGGAGGGCGAGAGCAGGGACACCCGCUUCAUCAUCCUACCCACUGUGAGCCUGCGGGUGCAGCAGAUGCACCCGGACAGGCCGUACGGCAUGGCACCAGGCCUGGUGGGCGAGGACGAGGUCAUAGAGCACAGCAAGAAGACACUGUUCUGUGUGCAGCUGCUGGCCAUCAUCUUCUGGGUGCUGUUUGUCAUCACCUGCGUGGUCGGGGUGGUGUUUGGGCCACAUUUCUUAAACAACAAACUUUAAUGUGAAAUACAUAGGUUCAUGUUUGAAAUGGGAAAUUAUUGAUCUCAUUAAAGAACAUGUGUUUUUCAGUCAUUAUUUUACGAAUAUAUUUUUCACCUCUGUCUUUGCUGUUCACUCUUCACGAGGCCAAAUCACCAUUUUUACCCGUCCUUAAUCACUGCCCUGAAUAUUUGUUGCUCUUUUGUGAAUAAUAGAUUGAUGAAGAGUGUCCUCUAGUGGUUGAUAUGGAAAUGGAUAAACUAAGCUCACACAAAUAAUAAAUGAUAUUUAAUAUUUUGUCAAUCGUUAUUCUCUCUGAAGUUUAUUAUUUAUUGUUCAUUUCAUUGUUGUUUGCAGUUUUUCCCUGUUUAAUGAUGUCAUUAUC